CUUUGUGUUGAAUCUGCCGCACACAAUCACAGUUGUUUUACCUAAGCCAGUGACGUACUUGCAGCGCACGCGCAGACGGUGACAGACGCGAGGUGGGAAAAUUCGUUCUCGCUCGUUUUUGUAAUAAUACGAAGUUCCCUCAUCUGCGUAAAAAUGAUUUUCAGAGUCAGUUUGUGAGUUUGGGACGGAUUAAAUCGGAUUAACACACUCUUCUUUGUCACACUCGCCUCACGUGUUGGCGCCAGCAUGAAGAUCGCGGUGGAAGGCUGCUGCCACGGUGAGCUGGACAAGAUCUAUGAGACCAUCGGCUACCUGGAGAAGAGGGAGGGGGUGAAAGUGGACCUGCUGCUCUGCUGCGGAGACUUCCAGGCCGUGCGGAACGAGGGAGACAUGAAGUGCAUGGCGGUUCCGGCCAAGUACAGGACGAUGCAGACCUUUUACAAAUAUUACUCUGGGGAGAAGAAAGCUCCAGUUCUGACCAUCUUCAUCGGAGGAAACCACGAGGCGUCCAAUCACAUGCAGGAGCUUCCCUACGGAGGCUGGGUGGCGCCAAACAUCUAUUAUCUGGGUUAUGCCGGGGUCGUCCGCUACAAAGGGAUUAGAAUCGGUGGAUUAUCGGGAAUCUUCAAAUCUCGCGACUACAGGAAAGGUCACCAUGAAUUCCCUCCGUACAACCCCGACACUCUGCGGAGUGUGUAUCACAUCCGGAAUAUUGAGGUUUUCAAAUUAAAACAGAUCCAAAUGCCCGUGGACAUCUUCCUGAGUCACGACUGGCCUCGGGGGAUCUACUACUACGGCAGCACGGAGGAGUUACUGCGUAAGAAGAGGUUCCUGCGUCAGGAGGUGGAGUCAAACACUCUGGGAAGUCCUGCUGCAGAGGAGCUGCUGGCUCACCUUCAGCCCAGCUACUGGUUCUCUGCUCACCUUCACGUCAAGUUUGCUGCUGUGAUGCAGCAUCAGGCUAAAGGGGACGCCGCUCCAAGAGUCACCAAGUUCUUGUCUCUGGAUAAAUGUUUGCCCUACAGGGAAUUCUUACAGAUAGUGGAUGUCCCAGAGAGACCGGGUUCAUCCGAGGGUCUGGAGUACGAUCCAGAGUGGCUGGCUAUCCUGAAGGCCACCAACAGUCUUCAGAGGACAACCCCUCACCCCUGGAACCCACCGGAGAACAACGGCCUGCACCAACGGUGGGAUUACAGAGUGUCAGAAGUGGCCAUGAUGCAGGUGGUGGAGGAUCUCAGCGGAGAACUCGCCGUGCCGGACAACUUCAGCCGCACCGUGCCGCCCUACGACCCCGGUAGGCCGCAGUACCACGCCGCGCCAAGCUGUGGCACCAACCCCCAGACGACGGAGCUGUGCGCCACGUUAGGCCUCACGGACCUCUACGCUCAGGUCGUGCAGGGAGGGGAGGAGCCGGGCCGAGUUUUGGGCAGCACCGGAGGAGAGGAGGAGGACGACAAUGAUGAAGAGGGGAAUGGCGCGGACGAGCCCAGCGAGUAUCCGACAGACACGUCGGGAUUGUCGAGUUCCUUUAAUCCGGAUGAGAUCACCAUCGAGGACGAGUGGGAGGAAGAGGAGGAAGAAGAAAUGAAGGAGAAAGAAGCAGCAGCAGCAACAACAACAACAUCAGGAGUUAAUCUCUCUGAAAUCCACACACCGAGUCGUAUGGUUCUGCCCGAGCCCAAGUCUGACGUCUCACCCAUUCACAUGUCCCGCCUCAUGAACCUGCCCCCUCCCUCACACUCCACCCCGGCUGCUCCUCGCUCUCACUCUGCAUCCGCAGAGGGGGGCGGAGUCUGUGAGGGCGUGGACGAGGAGGAGGUGGAGGAGGGCAAGGACGCGUCCGCCGCUGCGCGUGUUUUCAAACGCACCAGCGACGAGGCCGGAGGUCCCGGCAGCAGAGGCACGACUCCACGCAUCAAACGCAGGAACCAGGUCAUCUACACCGCGGAGGAGGACGAGGAUUAGAGGUCAGAGGUCAGGGACUCCUUCUGAAUCAACUCUGCUUUAGUUUCUAUUGAUUUGUGGGACUUUAAUUUAUGUGUUUAUCGUCAGCUUUUUAUACAGAAAAAACAUCAUGAGUUAUUGAGCUUUGAGUUAACUGAAGGACGACUCUGAUUUCUCAGCCUGGGCUCCGUUUUCCUCUGUUUUAACGGGUCAAUGAUCAACGGGGAUCAGGACUGAGCGACAACAGGUUACCUGGCAACCUCAAAAUGAGCGGAAGAAAAAACAGAUUUUAGUCACUUUGUAAAUGAUUCUCCCUCCUGCACCAAA